CAUGUCUCUGUUCUAUAUCCUUUAGCUACUAUUAUUUAAACUCUAACAUAAUAUGUUUGUUUUUACGCAAAAAAUAUUUGUAACAAGUAACGUAUUUACAUUGAGUAGUGAUGAUGACGUAACUAUAUAUCUCUUUAACCAAUAUUGUUAGUUUCAACAGUUUUAACUGUAAGGGUAGAAUCGUUUUUUUUACUGAAGCAAGGGCAUAUUUGUAAUUUUGAUCAAUUGGAUGUUAUGAAAGUAGUUAGUGAGAUGAUUACUAUUUAUGUAAUAAGUAUUGUAACGAUUCAGACGUAUGAAUGAAUUCAGAAAUGAUAAAGAUGUUAAUUUCUUGAUUCUCUUUCAAUCUAACAUGGUAUUAGUCUGAUCCUUCUUUCUUCCGCUGAUUUCAUUGUUCUUCAUCCAAAUUGUUUCAAUUCCCUUUGUUUCAAUGUCUUCAUCAUCAUCAUCGAUUCCUUCUCAAUCAUUGAAUAUUGACAUCACAAGUCCUUAUUACCUUGGAUCUUCUGAUAAUCCGAGUCAAAUUCUUGUUACUACUGUCUUUAAUGGCGUCGGUUUUUCUGCCUGGAAGAGAUCGAUGAUCAUCUCUCUUUCAGCUAAGAACAAAUUAUCAUUUUUCGAUGGCACAAUUACUGCACCACCUGUCAAUUCUCCGACUUAUUCUGGAUGGCAUCGUGUCAAUUCAAUGGUAAUUAGCUGGAUUCUCAAUUUAUUACACAAGAACAUCGUUGAAAGCGUUCUUUUCUUACCAACUGCACACGAGAUUUGGCAAGAAUUAAAACAGAGGUAUGAUCAGUCUAAUAAUGCAUUGAUCUAUCAAAUUCAACAACAACUCUACUAUGUUGCUCAAAAUUCGGAUGACUUUUCCACUUAUUUCACAAAAUUGACUAAGAUCUGGGAUGAAUUACGUGUUGUUCAAGACAUUCCUUCUUGUACUUGUGGUUCUGCAGCUAAAAUAUAGAAAUUCCUUGAAGAUCAACGCUUAAUUCGGCUUCUCAUGGGACUUAAUGAAUCAUACAAGAUCAUUCGAGGACAAAUUCAGAUGAUGCAGCCUUUGCCAUCUCUUUCUACUGCAUAUUCCUUGAUCAUUCAAGAAGAACGUCAACGCACUAUUAUUGCUUCAUCCUUUGUCAAUAUUGAGGCUAUUGCUAUGCAUGUGUCUUCAGAUUCAUCUCCAAAUUCAGUCAAGAAAACUCUAACAUGCACUCAUUGUAAAAAGACUGGUCAUAAAAAGAGUCAAUGUUACCGAUUAGUUGGUUUUCCUUCCAACUUCAAGUUUACUAAAGCAAAGAAAGAAGAAUCCAAGUCCAAUGUUCAUAAUACUACUUCUUUUCCAUUUACUUCAGAGCAAUAUCAGCAGUUACUUCAAUUGCUCAACAACAAUACUUCUCAACCUUCAACAAGCCAUGUCAACGACUCAAUUGCUGAUAAUGCCAUGAAUCCAAAGGAAUUACACGAUUGGUCUGCCUAAUGGUCAACAUACAUCUGUUUCUUAUAUUGGAGAUGUCAAAUUACAUGAUUCUGUAAUGUUACAUGGAGUGUUAUAUAUUCCAGAAUUAAAGUACAACCUUGUUUCUAUUUCAAAAUUGACAUCCCAACUCAAUACCUUUGCUAUCUUUACUGAUGAAGUCUGCCUUCUGCAGGACUCUUCAUUGAAGAAUAUCUUCUCUCUUGGAGUUCUUGCAGAAAGAAUCAAUGAUUUGUAUAUCUUUGAUCAUAAUCAUCUUCAGCAUAAUCUUUCCUACAGUUUUUCUGUUUUUUCAUCUUUUUCUACUUCUAAAUCUUUUGUUUCCAAUUCUGUAAUGAAUUCAUCUUCUUAGUUGUGGCAUAAUCGUUUAGGUCACAUUCCAUAUCAUAAAAUGAAAAUGAUGUCAAUAACCUCUGAUUAUUCUUCUAUUCAAAGUUGUAUGAGUUGUUCUAAAGCUAAGCAGCAAAGGUUAUCAUUUCCUACAAGUGUAUCUGUUUCUAAUGCACAAUUUGAACUUAUACACAUUAAUGUUUGGGGACCUUAUAAACAUGCCACUUAUGAUGGAUUCAAAUACUUUCUAACCAUUGUUGAUGAUUACCACAGACAUACAUGGUUCACUUGUUAACUCACAAAAGUUAUGCCUUUCCUUUGAUUAAAGCAUUUAUUUCACUCAUUCAAACUCAAU